AUGAAACAAACAGAAUCAAGGGAAGUUGAUUGGAUUCGUAGUGAAUGUAAUCGGUGGGUGGGAUUGAGAAUCAGCGGGAUAUUUGAUUUACUGCGUUGUAAAUUGAGUACAUCAAACAAGAAGUUUCACGAACAGACUAUAAAGGAAAAGCUGAAAAAGCAAACAGAAUUCUCUUUCGCGUUGUGA